AUGGCCGGCCAAGCUGAGAAAAGCUCCCCUGACAGCCCUCAUGUCACUGGCAAUCGCAAAAAGCCAUUGACUGAGGACGAUUUAAACAUCACCGACGCACUUGGAGGCAACGAUCUUCGCUACUACCUUCUGGCCAUUGUUGGAGCUUUGACUUUCUUGGCUGCAAGUGUGGUGCUUGUUCCACUCUACCUCUUGAUCUCGGCUAUCCUUGCCAUUGGCAUUGCAGGAGUCACUUUCAUUGUGGGCCGCCAUGUAUCCUUGACCCGGGCUCGGGCUCGGCAGAAAGGCUCGCUGUGGGCGGCCACCACGGGCUCCAGCACGCCAGGGACAGGGCACCUGCCCGCCGUGUACUACACGUACAUCCUCGGCUCGGGCGGCCACACGGGCGAGAUCUCAGAGUUCAUCAAGCGCAGCUACGAGGGCCACGAUAACCUGCAUCGCAGGUACAUCAUCACGUCGGGCGACACCCACUCGCCAAACGUCAUCGCCAAGCUCGAGACGCUCAUCCGCGACACCGCCCGCGGCCAGCCUACGGGCACCUGGGACGUCGUCCGCGUCGCGCGCGCGCGCAACGUCCACCAGCCGCUGUGGACCGCCUGGUACACGUCCCUGCUCAGCGCGCUCUCCAUCGUCAACGCACUCAUCAAAGAGCCACGCAGCCGCCCGAGGACAACGUUUGGAGCUGAUUUCCGCUACCCCCAUGUCAUCAUGACCAACGGCCCGGGGACUGGCUUCAUUGUCUGUCUGGUCGCUUACGUGCUUAAACUCCUCUCCGUCGUCCCUGCGGAUCGGGCCAAGAUGGUCUACAUGGAGACAUGGGCGCAUAUCAACACUCUGAGUCUGACCGGGAAGCUAUUCUAUCACUCGGACAUUGCCGACAUGUUUAUUGUCCAGCAUAAGCCCCUUGCGGAGCGCAUCGGCAAGCCCUGUCUGCAGCUGUUCAAGCCGCCCGUGUAUGCGAGGUCUGGGGGCUCCUGA